ACAACAACCGUCAACUAACAAGCGAUGAGUCUACAGAUGGAUGUAAGAUGCAGAUAAAAGUAAAUAAAAUGGUAUAAUCUAAAAAGAUGACACAGUCCGUAGUAGUCCAAGUUGGUCAGUGUGGGAAUCAGGUGGGCUGCCGCUUCUGGGACCUCGGACUCAGAGAACACGCACACGUCAAUCAAAUGGGAGUUUAUGAUGAGGCGCUGAGCAGCUUCUUUAGAAAUGUUGACCAAAGAGGAGCAGACUCUACAGGAGGCAAGAUCAACGCUCUAAAGGCCAGGGCCGUGUUAGUGGACAUGGAGGAGGGAGUCCUAGGAGAGAUUCUGCAGGGGCCGUUACAUUCUCUCUUCAGCAGCACACAACUCAUAAGUGAUGUCUCUGGUUCUGGGAACAACUGGGCGGUCGGGCAUCACACAUAUGGCUUGGCCUACAGAGAGCAGAUUGUGGAUCAGGUCCGCAAGGCUGCAGAACACUGUGAUUGCCUUCAGUGCUUCUUCCUCAUUCACUCUAUGGGAGGAGGUACUGGUUCGGGGUUAGGCACGUUUGUGUUGAAGCUUCUAGAAGACGAGUUCCCAGAGGUAUGUCGGAUAGUGACCUCUGUCUACCCGACAGCAGAAGAUGAUGUCAUCACCUCUCCUUACAACAGCAUCCUAGCCAUGAAAGAACUCACAGAACACGCAGACUGUGUCUUGCCAGUUGAUGACAAGUCUCUGGUUGAUAUUGUUGGUAAGAUACAACACAUGUCCAACACUGGCAAACCAGGCUGUACCAUCAAGAAGGACUGUACCAUCAUCUCGGGACAAGGAGGGGUGGUGAAGGUCGAGAAACCUUUUGAUGCCAUGAACAACAUUGUGGCCAAUCUACUUCUUAAUAUUACCAGUUCAGCACGGUUUGAGGGCUCUCUCAACAUGGAUCUGAAUGAGAUAGCCAUGAACCUUGUUCCGUUCCCGCGGUUACACUACCUUUUGUCCAGUCUAACUCCUCUGUACACACUUGCUGAUGUCAACAUACCACCACGCAGGCUGGAUCAGAUGUUCUCAGAUGCAUUUAGUAAGGAGCAUCAGCUAAUCAGAGCUGACCCCAAACACAACCUGUAUCUGGCCUGUGCUCUUAUGCUGCGUGGAAACGUUCAGUUGUCAGAUCUGCGCCGGAAUAUUGAGCGGCUAAAGCCCACCCUUCCGUUUGUCCCAUGGAAUCAGGAAGGAUGGAAGACUAGUCUGUGUUCAGUCCCUCCUGUGUGUCACUCACAUUCUCUUUUGGCUUUAGCCAACAACACUUGCGUGAAAUCUACCUUCUUUGAACUAAGGGAGCGUUUUGUGAAGCUCUACCGUAGGAAGGCUCACUUGCAUCACUAUCUAGCAGUUGACGGCAUGGAGUUGGCUGGAUUCAGUGAGGCCUUGUCAUCUAUCUCGGCUCUAAUUGACGAAUACACACACCUGGAAAGCCCUCUCAUGCCCAACGCUCCCAGACUCACCAUCGCCACCUGACUUGUGUAUAUAAUAGACAACGUGAUCAAAAUUUCUACUUGUACAUAAACUAAAUAGUUCAUAUUUUUGGACUAAUGUUUUAUUGAUGUAAAAUGUCUCUAUUUUAGAGGCAUAGAAACAUUGGCUCAAAUAUUGUUGUGAAUUUAGUGUGGAUUUGUUAGUACUACCUACAGCAUAACAGACAAUAUUGAGUCAAACAGAGUUGAGCUCUAUCCCUAAGCAAACCUGCCUGCCUGCAAUUUUCAAGUAAGCCCAAAGACUAUUUUUUAUUCAUUUAUUUUUGUUUUUCGAGUUGUGUUUGAUUAGGGCCAAAACUUAACUCUGCAAGACAGUGGUCCUGAAUUGCCCAUCUGUGUACAGUACUAGAGGCACAUAAAUUACACACUUCACCUGUAAAAUGUUGUUACUUUUUCUUUCAUAUAAAAAAGUUAAUAAAAUAGUCAUAAUAUCAAACAGUGCCUGGAUAAUGUAGUUUUAAUAGAAGAAGAAUCACAGAUUAAUUUGUCAUUACACAUCAGUAAAACACAAGAAAUGCCACUUUAUCUUAAACUAGAUUAACAUACACACUCAAUCCUAUAGUCUUGGCAUUGGCACAGUCAGCACAAAGCCUAAACUUGUGUCCUCAUUUAAUAUGGCUCUGCAUUGACCUGUUGACAGAUGGUUUGUUUGCAGGUUAGCGCUAGUUGUAUUUUUGCUUCAAUUUAUGCCUUUAUAAUCAGUUGGUGCAGGGCAUCCAUAGGUCCCAAAAGUAUUAUUGACCAGGUCUUGCCUAAGACUCAAUGAUCAACACCUCUCAAAAGCAAUAUUUUUGGGUUGCCUGCAAAUUGUCAUCGUGAUCAUAAUCAGCAUGCACACUAUUUUUGUUGCAACUGACUUGACGGAAGUUCAGUACUUGAGUAAAAAAAUUCACCUUGUAUUUCGAAUAACUCAUUUUAAAGAGAUCCUCUUUAGAUGAAGCUGUUUGUUGCAUUAAUUUGCAUUCU